AUGUGUCAUGUUGCCACAGCCUGUGAAGCAUCACUCCCUGCAUCGGAGGCUGAACCCCUGAGGAUUGUUCUGUUGGGGAGGACGGGAACAGGCAGGAGCUCCUCAGGUAACACCAUCCUGGGUAGAUCCGCCUUCUGGGUCAGCGUCUCCCCCUGUUCCGUCACCACAGAGUGCAACAGACAGACUGGGACGGUCCACGGGCGGAGCAUCUCUGUGAUUGACACUCCAGGUUUCUUGCACACACACCUGUCCCCUGAGGAGGUCAUGGCAGGGGUGGGACAGAGUGUUGCCCUGUCCUCUCCGGGACCCCACGCCUUCUUGGUGACCCUGCAGCCCGGCAGGUUAACCCAGGAGGAGAGGGACGCCUUAGAGUGGAUCAAGGCUACGUUUGGACCCGGAGCCACCAGGUUUACCACGGUGCUGUUCACCUGGGGAGACCAGCUACGGGGGAAACGCAUCGAGGACUUCCUAGGGGAGAGCAACGAGCUGUCGGAAUUUGUCAGCGGAUGCCAUGGAGGGUAUCACGUCUUCGAUAACAGUGAACAAGGAAAGACAACGGAGUGCGCCCAACAGGUCGUACACCUCCUGAAGAAGGUAGACAGGACUGUGGCGAGCAACGGAGGCGGUUGCUAUAGCAAUGAGAUGUUCAAGGAGGCUGAGAGGGCCAUCAGGGAGGCGCGAAAGAGGAUUCUGGGAGAGAGAGGACACAAGGCGGAGUCCCCAAAGAAGGUGGCUCAAAACAAAGAGGAGCAGAGACCCGAGUUGGGGAGGAGGAGGGAGGAAGAGGAGAGGAGGAGGAGGAAGGAAGAGGAGGCCAGGAAACGGGUGGAGAGGCUCUUCUGGUGCGAGUUGGUGACUGCGGUGGGGAAAGGUGCUGCAGAGGGGGCAGGGAUCAUGGGGAAAGACGACGACGGGAAGGGGAAGGCUGUGAAGAAGGUGAAGGUGGUGGAGAGGGCAGUGGCUCUGGCAGCAUCGCCGCUCUCCAUCACUUCAGCCGCCAAAGCGGUGGGAGGAGCUGUGAGGGAAGGGAGCAAGGUGUUAUAUAAGCACAGGAAAACUUUCCUGAAAACACCUCACUGAACAAAGUCAAGUAUCCCUCAUUGCAGUUUAAAACCGUUGAUCAAUGUAGAGACGUGAUGUGUGAAAGUCUUUCUUUUUUGACAUUGUGUAUCUAAAUCAUGUUAUCUCUGUUUUACAGCAACACAACGCGCCAGCAC